UCAGAUCUGGGGGGGCCAUCCCCCCUGGAGGGGGGACGCGGAAGUAAGCAAUUGUAAGUUCCGCAGUUUAGCAGAGCAGUAACAACAAACAGGAUUUUCGGAUAUAGUGUGAGGAGAGGGCAACAUGUCACUUGAUCUUUUUUAGAUCGAGCUUAUAAGCACCGUUGCCAUUUUUUUUUUCUUUCCCCAUGACCGUUUGAGAGUUCCUGCUUCUUCUUUUCUCUUUCGUGCACCAUGUCAAGUAGCUCUCUACCCACUUCACCUUUCGGCGCUUAUACCGUCCAACCUCAACCAUUUGCUCCUGCUGCUUAUGCUGGAUAUCCCUUCAAUAUGCAAGUCCAAGGAGGUAUUCCGCACAGACCUCACUCCACACCUCAGCAGUUUAUACAGCACUUGCAACAGCAGUCUAUGCAACGCCAACGGGCUAUGCAAAUCGAAUUACAGCGACAACAUCAAGAACUCUUUCAACAACAGCAACAACCCGUUUCCGCGGGUAGCCCAACUAGUUCCAAUGGUCGCAAGAUGACUUCUAAGGCUGACCGUCGAGCUGAACACAAUGCUAUUGAACGUGCUCGCCGAGAAUCUCUCAAUACCAAAUUCCAAGAACUUGCUCACUCCCUUCCAAACCUCCAAAAUGACAGAAGACCCAGCAAAGGGACUAUUAUCGAGCGAACGCUUGACUUUGUCAAGAGAACCAUUCAUCAAGAAGAACGUUACCGUACAGAAAUUGAACGUCUCCGAGAACAAAACAGUAAACUUCGAGCAAGAAUUGGCUCCAUUAGCUCUGAAUCAAGUCCUGAACCUUCCAUGAGCUGGAUGGAUGAAUCGAAUGAUAUGCCACGUCAAUCUACAGUACCCUGGAACCCUAUGACGGGUCAUUACAAUAUGCCAGAUAACUGUCUCAUGUUCGGCCCUAAUGGCUUUUCCGAUGCCAACUUCACUGCCACUACUAAAAUGAGCCCAUCAAGUCAUGGAAGUGACGACGAUUGUAACUCACAAAGUGAUGAAGUCGAUAUCAGCCAUCUCAAAUCAGAAGACACUCGCUCUCUCAGUCACAAAUCAAGUUUCAAUCUUUCCACGUCUGCUUUGGACUUGAACUCAUACGGUCAUCCAUUUGGUAUGAAUGAAUUCAACCAACAAUCGCCAUAAGAAACUCUCUAUGGCUGCUGCUCUUAUUAUUUUGAAUGACCUUAAACCCAAGUUUUGAACCCCCUCCCUUUUUGUCUCCAUGGUCAAUCCCAACGUGUACUUUUUC